UGGAUUGAAAAAAAUUGAGAAUUGAGAAAAAUUUAAGAAAAAUUAAAGAUAAUUAGAAAUACAAGUUUUCGGUCUACAAUUUCAUUAUUAUUGACUUUAUUAUGAAACAGAAACUUGUGAAAGUUUCUUAAAUUCUUCAAAAUCAGCUCAUAAUAUGAUUUAAUUUGGGACUGAAAAUUUCAUCCUGAAUAAAACUUAUCAUUUCAAUUUGAAAUCGCAAAAUUCUAUCUGACAAAGCUUAAAGCUAGAAGCCAGCUAGUAGCUGAACUUACUGUUGAUCAAAGCAUAAUCAGUUAAAGAUGCCUAGAAGAGUUGUGGUAGACAUUAAAUUCGUCGCAUUCAUGUUUGUGUCAUUAGCGGCGAAUUACAUCAAAUACACAGAAACUGCAAUCGACGAUAAAAACGACCAAAGCAUGAAAGCACUGAGGCAAAAUUCAUCUCAUUCUGAUAGUCAAUAUUCGUUGAGUCAGGAUGACGAACGAAAUUUCAACCCAUCAACUUGCGGCCACAACACAACAAAUUGCUCAGACCUUCAAUUUCCAUGCAUCAGAUGCACUUACGAGCUCGGCUGUACAUAUGGUGAGACAUCUCGCGCUACAUGUGAUCCACGAUCACAAGUCCAGUGCAUUGCAGAAAUUGAAAAUGGAAAAGAACAGCGAACUUUCUCUAGAUAUUUUACGUGUCGUUACUGCUUCCUUACAGAACCAUGGGAACAUGACUGUAAACAGAACACAAACUGCAAUUCAGCAUAUGGAUUUUACAAGACAAAUUGCACAGUAAAACCGAAUGUUUUAUGCCUCGGAUCUCGUCAAUUUCCAAAGAAUGUAAAAUGUAAUUGGACGAGAGGAUCAAAAUACUUUACAGCCUUGGUGCUGAGCAUAACAUUGGGUGGAUUUGGAGUUGAUCGAUUUUAUCUUGGACACUGGCAAGAAGGAAUUGGAAAAUUAUUUAGUUUCGGUGGUUUGGGAGUUUGGGUUAUUGUUGACUCAAUAUUGAACUCGAUUGGAUAUUUGGGGACUUCUGAUGGAAGUUUACUGCUGUGAAGAUGUGAAUAAAAUUUUUAGGAACUUUGAAUAAUU